ACUCCCUCUAGUUUUGUGAUGCAGGGCAUACGAAAAAUCAUAGAGAGACUAAGUGCAAGUGAGAGUUAUCGUAAGAGUGUGAUAUGGAGAUUGAGGAAGCCAGCAACUGCGAGGCACUGCCUUUGCUUUCUUUAAAUCAUGUGUCUUUGUUGUGCAGAUCAGUGUGGACUUCUAUGAGGUUCUAUGAAGAAGUGUUGGGCUUUGUUCUCAUCAAACGCCCCUCGUCCUUCAACUUCAAUGGAGCCUGGUUGUAUAACUAUGGAAUUGGGAUACACUUGAUUGAAAGUCCGGCAAUGGAAGACUAUGAAUUGCGACCGAUCAAUCCCAAGGACAACCACAUCUCCUUCCAAUGCACUGAUGUUGGACUUGUUAAGAGGAGGCUGCAAGAUAUGGGGAUGAGGUACGUGACAGCCGUGGUGGAGGAUGAUGGGGUCAAGGUCGACCAGGUGUUCUUCCAUGACCCGGAUGGGUAUAUGAUCGAGCUCUGCAACUGUGAGAACAUCCCCAUCAUUCCAAUCUCUGCUUGUUACUUCAAGCCCCGAGGCAGUAGUUUCAAGAAGGCAUCGACUAGUUGUGGAUUCAUGGAAACUGUGAUGAUGGAGAGCUUGAGCCUGGACAUGAUGAACUUCUCAUUUUGAGUUUCGGAAAGAGAGAAAUGGUCCACCGCUUCUUGUCUACUGGGGAAAAAUGUUACAAGUGUACUGCAGGUGUCUGUAUAUCUAUCAUGUCUUGAUCUGAAGACAAGUUGUAUUGGUUUUCUGCUAUGUAAUAAAAAAAAUGCGAGGAAGAUUGCGUUGUACUGUGUGUGAAUAUACUUAAAUCUCUUGAAGCCAAUAUGUGGCAUGUGAUUAAGCUCAUAUUAAUGAAAAAAGAAGCUCCCGAAUACGUUCUAGUUA